AUUGCUUUUUCAACGGUGGCAAGAAAGUGUUCGUGCUCGUAGGUGUACCGUUCGUAAAAUUUUUGAUUUAUAAAAUUAUUCAACCUUCUAAUUUUUAAUGACUACUUGUAAAGUUUUAAUUUAGAACUUUCGUUUUUAUUUUACAUUUGUUACAGUUUAGUGUGUAUUAUAUUUAUGGUAAAAUUGGUGGAAGAAAAUCUCACUGUAAUAGGUUCCACCAUUGAAAUAACCAAGUAGCGGACGAGUACCAGAAAAGGCUCAACUACAACGCCCUACAGUCGGAACUGGGUUUUUUCACAUGGAUUCUUAUUAAGUGAAAUCAUGAAUGGAGGUGUAAAUGGAACCAUGGAAAACUCCAUUGAAACAUCAAUUUCUAACCCAGAACUUAAUGAGAAGGAAGUUUCCUCAGAAGAAUGCUAUCCUUUGAAGAGUGAUAAAGGUGACACGGUAGAAGGAAAUGAAAACCUGGAGUCCGAGCCCAAUGAAAAUUCAUCUAGUAAUAACCGGGAUAAAGACGAUGAGAGUCGUGGAGACCAUCAAACAGAUAAGUUAGAUGAGAAUGGGUUACAGGUUUCAAAGCAGGAAAAUUGUUCUAAUGACCUAAUAGAUAAUCACAGUAGCCAUAGUAAUGAAUCAUACCCAGAGUCUCUGGCCAGCUCACAGGGGAAGUCUGACUCGACUGAGCAGCAAGCCACGCACAGUAUAAAUGAACAAAGUAAAGAUAGAGAUUCUGAUAAGAAUUACAAUAAGACUGUUAAUGCUCAUGAGGAGGAGACUCAUGAAAUUGAAUCUGAAGAUUCUUCUGAUGAAUAUGGCUCUGUAUUGUCUGAGGGGCCAAGAGCUGAGGAUACUGUAAGCAUUAAUUCAGAUUCAGAUGAGGGAGAAGAGUCCUCACAGGAUGGUCAAACAAAAAGCAAUGAUGUUAUUAUUUUAGAAACUGACAAUAGAUCUGAAAGCCAGAAUGGAAAUUCUCAAGGAUCUACUAGCCCAGAAGUUCAAGAGGUACCCAGUGAUGAUGACUGUGUGUUAACUAAUGAUGAAAAAUCUAAUUCAAGUUCCACUGACAAACAUCCACUAAGACGUAGUAGCAGAGGAGUUAAACGAAAAAAUUAUGAUCUUGAAAAUGGCGACGAUGAAUCUGAUGUAGAAGAAGUGGAGUUGGAGGAUCCUUUAAGUCGCAGAUCUAAAGCUAUUGUUAUCAAUGAUACUAAGACUCUAGUUGAGAUGGCAGCAAAAAAAAAGAAAAUGAAUCAAAACAGCCAGAAGAAAGAACCCACAAUAGUGAUCAUUGAUACCAACUCUGGAAAAAGUUCAUCAACACAGGUGAAAAAUGUAACUACUAAUUCUAUUAGUAAUAAUCCUCAGAGCUUAUAUCAAAGUAUAAUUGCGCGCGGCACGACAGUCACGCCUAUAAGCAGCAAAAGUAGUUGUAACUCUCAGAGUUCACCACAGAACACACAAGCUGCAAUACUGCCAUCCUUGACAGAUGACAUGUUUGUUGUUGAGGCACCUUCAUUUAUAGUACCAUAUGUGUAUGAAAAGCCUUCUGUAAAGCCUUUUAGAGAAUUUGUAGAUACUUUAGGCAAGGAAUUGGAAGAUGAGAGAGUUAAAGAGGAAAAAGCACGAUUAGAAAAACAAACUCAAGAAAAAGAAGUAAAAAAUAAACUCAGAAAUGAGAGGAAAGAGAGGGGUGAAGAAGUUUCAGCAUCUGAAGAUGAAUCAGAGAAAACUGAAGCUGCAGAGAAGAAAAAGAAAAAGGCUGAAAGAAAAGCAAAACGUUGUGGUGUAGAUGAAGACGACCCAUUGUGGGAUGGAGAAACAUCUUCUGAUACUGAAGAUGAGACAUUAAGUGAUGAAGAUGCUGAAAUUAUCAAAGAUAAGGCAGAUUCAAUUGAAGAAAUCAAAGAUAUAACAGAUUUAACUGUGUGCAAUGGCAAAUCAGAUAAUUAUUUUGAUUGUUCCCUUGGCAAGUUUUUUGUAAACAUUGGAUUAAGUCUAGUGCAAGAGUAUGUCCAAAGUGAUUUACUUAAACAACAAAAUAGAAAACUUUAUAGAGAAAAGAAAUCAGGUCAUAAUACUAAAGAAACACAGAGUGCCAUUGCCUCACUUACGAAAAAUUUAGAAUUUAGCAAAGAAAAUAACGCACCAUUUAGUUAUACCCAGAAGAAAUGUGAAUUUUGUAGUUUUAAGACGGAGUCUGAAUUAGUUUUAAAUCAUCACUUAGAAACGCCACAUAUGAAAAACAAUGUAUAUAAGUGCAAUUUUUGUGAAUAUGAGAUUCGAAGUCCACAUGAUAUUCUCAUACAUAUGGAGACAGUACACAAAAUUCGAGGGAAAUUAGAGAGAGCUCCUGCUUAUCAUCAGUGUAGCAAUUGUCCAUUUGAAGAUAAUGGCAAGGGAAAACUUGCUCGCCAUCAAAUUGCUUGUGCAAAGAAAUUCAAACCUGACCUCAAUUUAGCUCCUCCUAUAGAAUGGGAACCUCCUGCAAAGAUACCAAAGAUCGCGAGAGCGCGCAACAACAUGAUGGGUUCUUAUCAGAAUUCGUUUAAUCGUCAAAUGAGUAAUAACAUGGUGAGGACGCCGAUCAAUAUAGCUACUGUAAUGGCCGGUGCAAGCGGUGGAUAUCGGCCGCGCGGGCGCUCGCCGCUGGCCGGACCGGCGCGCGCCGGCACCGUGCACGGCGCAGCCGCCGCCCGCUCCGCGCUCGGCAGGCCCAACGCGCCCUCAGCCAUGCUGUCGAAUGUCUAUCCACUUAAUAAUGGAAAGUCCAAAUCCAUACACCAGCCAUCUAUUUCUAUAACACCAUUACCACGACAGCCGCAGCCUUCGGUUGCACAACCCACCUCACAAUCCAAAAACACUUUCGUUAUUUGUGAAAUCUGUGACGGGUAUAUAAAGGACUUGGAACAGCUUAGGAACCAUAUGCAAUGGAUACAUAAAGUGAAAAUUCAUCCCAAGAUGAUUUACAACAGGCCACCUCUUAAUUGUCAAAAAUGUCAAUUUAGAUUCUUUACAGAUCAAGGUUUAGAACGACAUUUACUGGGAUCACAUGGCCUAGUUACCAGUUCCAUGCAAGAAGCGGCAAACAAGGGGAAUGAUGCUGGUAGAUGUCCAGUGUGUGGCAGGGUAUAUCAAUGGAAGUUGUUGAACCAUGUAGCGAGGGUCCACAACCUGACACUGAAGCCGGCACACCUCUCUUACAAAUGUACGGUGUGUACGGCGACAUUCGGCAUGUACAAGCAGUUUGAGAACCACGUGUAUUCGGCACACAGCGUGGUAGCCAAGCGCGUCAUGGACAAGAACAAGGCGAGCGUGCCGGCCGCGCGGCCCAGCGGAGACUCGCUCCUCAAACCACUCAAGAUCAACGACGAGAUUACCAUUAUACCACAACCAAUCAAACCUGCCACAUCUACUAAAACAAAAUAAGAUAGAGCGCGCAGGCCGCCGUGCGCCGGCGCGGGCGCAGACGCCGGCCGACCCUUGCCAACGGCUUUUACUCUUUAUGGACCGAAGCCAGCUCACACCUUUUUAAACAUUAGUGUACAUUCCAAUAUUUAACGUACCGUAAAAUUCAACGUUAUAGAUAUUAAGGCUUUUACUGAUGUGUUAAUAGGAACAUAAUAAAGUGAACCUCAAAUAGUUCUCAUAUGUAGGGUUAUUUGUAGAAGCACUUUCGAAUUACUAGUUCCAAAGGAACUCAAGUCACUGCCCAGGCUUUUAAAGCCAGUGAUAUUAUGUGUUAUUUAAAAUCUGAUACUAUGAUCUAUCUACGUUAUAGUUAAGUACACACCAAAGUUGAUAUCUCUUAAUGCGAGAAUAUACAUGCCUAUAGUAAGCACGCAAGUGUGAAAAUAGUAUUUCAGAUAUUCAACUUCAUAAUUUGGUUUUAUCCUAUUUUCUCCACCCACCGGCGACUUUUUGUCCGUGGUGCGUGUAAGGUGGCAUGCAAAUGUGCCAGCUACUGGCAUGUGUAGUCACGCCUUUACUCGUCUAUAUCAAAAAUAUAUUAUACUACAAUUCAAUUAUACAAGGCAGUGAUGUACUGGGAUCACCUUUACUAAAAUUGUAAAUGUUAAUAUAAUUACAAAUCUAGUAGAUAAUAUUGAAUUGGAAUGUAUACUAAUCAUUAUUUUUAAUAUAUUAUUAUUAUUUGUAAUAUGGGUGUAUUAUGCCUGAAAUACACAAUUUUCAUUUAAUUUUACUAUAGAUAAACUUUCACUUUGCACUCAUUGCUAACAUACCUCAGGGAAAAGUGUUGAUAUAAUAUAUUAUGCAUAUUUUAACUUUUAUGAUGUAAGAUAUUGCAAUGACAUGUUCCGAAGCGAUUUGAGUAGUGUAUUUAGACAAUUUGGUUUACAUAUACUGUGUGCAGUUAUAAUAAGUCUGCGUUAUUGCCUUGUUUAAGGAAUCCGUCUAUAGAUAUUAUUAUAAAUUAGUUAUCCUUACCAUGGGACGAACAAUAUGACAUCGAAUAGUUCUCGACUGAGGUUAACAGCUCGUAAUUUAUGUAACUGCCUCUUGCUUUUAUCAAACCAGUGCCUACCCAUGAUUUAAAUUGACUUUUGAUGUGGGAAGAAUUUCGAAAUUAUACAGGGUGGCCCAUCAAAAUGAAAAAAUAGAUAGAGGGGCUCAUUAGCUACCAGAACCACCCCCAUGUAUGUUCAGCGAUUAUUUACCCAUUUUGUACCUUUUUCUAGAUUUUCUACCUUACUUCAGAAAUCAUCAUUUUGUCGGUAUCUUUUUCUUAAUAAUUCUUCGUCGUCUUGCAAUAUUGGAGGUCUAAUUACUUAGUUUUUUGCCCAUAUUAAGAGUACUUUUUUUGGAUGUUUCUAAAAGCCUAUUAAAUGGAGCAGUUUUUAGAAAUACUUUCAGGGUCCAUGACAAUCUCAUGUGUUUAUUAUUCUUCGGCGAAGUUUUAACAACUGUAACAAUUUUGGUCGAAUUCUCACUUUGACUUCCGAUAACUUUUUUUUUAUCUUUGAUUUGACUUUCGAUUUAUCUUUGAUUGAGCGGUACACAGCCUUAGGCAUAGUUGUGAAGUAAAAUAAAAUAUUAAGAAAGGGAUAAUGACAAAAUGAUUAUUUCUGAAGUAAGGUAGAAAAUCUAGAAAAAGGUACAAAAUGGGUCAUAUCUCCUAAACCGUAAAUAAUUGCUGAACAUACAUGGGGGUGACUCUGGUAGCUAAUGAGCCCCUCUAUCUAAUUUUUCAUUUUGAACGUGAACUUCUGGGCCACCCUGUAUAUAAUUGAAUAGCCUACGCCGUACGAAGACGUAAAUCGGGCUCUUUCAAAGUGUAAGCGAAGCUAGUUAAGUGAAUAAUGGUAUAAACUCAACUUUAAAAUCUUUACACAUAGUUUAUAUUCCCUACACAUUGUGAAUAAAGUAAUGAUGUCGCGGGGUGACAUAAUUUUUAUAGUUAUGUUAAUCAGGUUUAAUUCCCAUUUUACCUGUCGGCGAACUAAGUCAAUUUGCUACCAUUUCAUGGCUAUGUAAUAUAAUUGUAAACUCUUGUUUGGGGCUAUAUUUACAAAACUCAAAUCUUGAUAUAUUGUAUUUAUUAUAAUUGUUACUACAUGACAAAAGUACUGGGAUUUAAAUACAAUUUUAAUAUUACGAAAAUUACAUUGCGUUUCUCUAUGUUGUAACUUGUGAGAAUAUAACUUACCAGACCAGAUACAGGAAAUAAUAACCUAUAGACUAUAAAUGAUUAGGAUUAGUAACAAUUUUAACACAGUUGAUUUUAUUAUUAUAAUCUCUGGACGAAUGCUCCUAGAGAUAUAUCGAUCCCUUUAUUGACACGUUCACUGUGAACCACAUGUGGGGCAAUCAAUUAGAAACUCAUACAUGCAUGUCCCAUAUGUGGGGCUAAUGUUCAGUUACACAGUGAACGUGUCAACAAUAUACUCGUACGGGCACUGUGCGUGCAGUGAAAAUAUAGAUUUUAUGAUUUAAUCAUAUUUAUAUCAAAAUGCUUCAGAUUUUUGUUUGCUGCCACACAUUGAUGAUACCAAAGGUGUAAUAUUUCUGUAACGAAAUCGUAAUAUUUUAUUUAUUGAUGUUACUCAUUGCUUAUCUAUCGUGAAUAUUUUAUGUAAGUAAGUGCGACUAAAAGCGAUCCACAUUACUACACAAUACUUCAGAUUUCAUGUACAUUGCUUGUAUACUUAUUAAAAAAGAGAAUCUGGCAUAAUACUAUGCCGAAUUGGCCACAAUAUUUUACUGGUGUGUGGAAUGAUCUUUGUGUUGUUUUCAUUCGGAUCCAGACAAUGUAAAGGUACAGUUUUAAAUAAAAAUAUAAUUUUAUUGUCUAAAUUGUUAAGAUGCAUGUUACGUGUCAUCUGCCGGAGCAUCGACACGAGUGGACCGUGUCGUCUGUAACGCAUUCCUGAUCAUUUAGAUUACUUCUUUAUAAUAUUGAAGGUGCGUGGUAAAAUAUUUAUUGAUUAAAUUAAGAUUUUUAAAAUAGCGACUAGUUGAAAACUAAUUUAAAUAGUUUUAUUGUAUUUUCCUUUCGUUAUUUGCGUAUGCGUGUAUGAUUUUAUUUGUAUAGCGCAGAAAUUCCUAACCGAUGUGCCAUGUUUCACACAGAAUACACAGUACAACACUUAAGUUUACACAAUAUUAUAGUAUACCUACAAAAUUAAAGUAUACCUUAACCAUUAACGGAUAAUUGUUUGUUAGUUUCGUUACCAGUUAGCUCAUUUUUCUAAUAUGAUCUGUAUGAUCACAGAAUGGGAUUAUUAAAGGUAUAUUUAUGAGGUAGACAACGGUUCACUUUGAAUUAUUUCUGCUAAUGUGGAACUCCGCGUAAAGGUUGGGAAACACUGUGAGGGAACUAGAUGACUUGGGUUUGAAAUAUUGCUGUUAAUUUACGUACGUGAAAAUGAUUCAAAAGUUCUUUCUAACUCCUGUUAUUUUGUAAAUACUAGGUAUCGUAAAAUAUUUGUAAUAAAGAUACCUUAGCAUAAA